AUGGCCGCAGGUCAGACAGGAGAUAAUCACAUCGAAGAUGGUGACGAUGCCAGAGAUGAUGGCUUGCAGGACUGCGCCGAUGCCGUUGACGAUGGCCAUCAGGCAGGUACCGAUUGCGCCGAAGAUGGCUUCGAUCUGUACAAUCAUGAGAAACGUCGAAACCUCGGCGGCCGGCCACCACUGUCCUUCGCAGAACUCGAGGCCCGCAAAGUCGCUCGCCGCACCAAACGGCGAUGGAAAGAGCCAGAGGAUGACACCCAAAAGCAACGACGACAGGGCACCUCGCUGCUCGAGCAGCUGCCGGUCGAGCUGAUCGAAAAAAUCUUCCUGUACGCCUUGGAAACCAACCUGUGUCACGCAUCGCCGUACCUGGCUGCUGCCGUGUCGAGCGAGCGGAUAUAUCGCGCGCUGAUCCGCCUGGCCUUUUGGGAUGAGGGCCAGAACCAGAACCAGAACCAGAAUCAGAAUGCUGCGACGAGUGGGCGUCUCCUGCCGCUGCGCAACGCUGACUCCAGGAAGUUCCUCGCUGAUGCACUGAAGCCAGCGGAUUACGACCAAAUGCGUAUGGACGACGCAGAGCGCACGCAUUUACAAGCCACCAUAUUGAAGUGUAAAUGGUGUACCAUGGCCCGGAUACAGGCUCAGCUGCCGGCGCUGAUGCAGAUGGCGAUCCACAGAUUCUGGACUGGCCCUGGGAUCACCAUGGAACCGGCGGAGAAAGCAUCUCUACAUAACUUCCUGCAUCGCAAGGGCGAUUCGAAAGUUUUUCAAGGCCUGUCACACAAGGAGAAUACUUACUACAUGUCCGUCAUCCCGCUGGUAUCAGUCAGCAUAAACUGUGCUGAAGAGUACGUCCGCCAUGUCCAUCGCGUACUGAGGCUACGGGUUAUCCCCGACCGUCUACUCCGCGGCAGCAGCAGGGAAUCGGAAAGCAACCGUGGAAAUUUCUCUGAUGAGACGAUCAACCUGCUUGAACUAUUCCGGCAUGCUUACGGCUUCGAUGGCACAGGACAUGAUGUCUCCUUUUCCCGCGAUGCAUUACAGACGGGUAUUCAAAAUGCGCUCCAGGCACAAAAUACACGCGCUCUGACAACUCUACUCAAAAUCGACGAAUUCUUCGCUCGACGACGCCUUGAAACAGGCCCUCUUUCUACUUAUCCAUCCUCGCAACAGUCCGCUCAGCAACAAUACUACGCCAUCCCGGCUAACCAUUUUAUCCUCACCGUGCAACUGCCCGUGCCCAAUACAGAAAUAAUAACUCUAUUCAAACUCCUCCUCCGCUGCAACGCAGAGAGCGUUCCGGCCGACUCGCCCGAAGUCACGCAAUGGGCAAUGGGGCUCGCAGAGGGAAGUGGCGGAGACGCAAAUGUCGCAUUUGGGCGGUGGAUACUGGAUUUCAUGGUCGAAUUGCCGCGGCAUAUCGACGUUGCGCGUAGCAGGCCGAGAGAAGAGGCGUUGUUUUAUUACGGCGCUCUCAAUGCGGAGAGUGGAGCGGGAAGGAUGUUUAUUGAGGAGGGCUGUGCCGGAGAAGUUGACCCAGAUGCGUGGCGGAAGCCUUGGAUACAGAGUAUGUCGUUUGAUGUUUCGCAGACCUGGCUUCCGGUUGAUACAGAAUAA